AAAUUUUCAUUUCAUCCUUAUCCCCUCGUGUCUAGAAAAAAUAAAAAAUCUAUUGAGGCACUAAGAAGAUCCAUCCCUCAAAUUUUCACAGCCAAGUUCCCAGCCUCAUGUUCCAUCGCCUUCACUUCACAUUUUCAACACACACAGUAUAUUCCCAAUCUCCUUCUUCUUCAACAACACGCAUAUCCACUCUUUUAUUCUCUCUCUCAUGGCUUCUUCUUCCAUUUCCGCACCAACGCUCACCUUCCCGACGCAGAAGCUUGCCGUUCCGUUCCCCGAACAACGGACGCCCUUGCUCCUCUCGUUCACAUCGUAACCCCCCUAUCGCUGCCUCGCCUCUUCCUCCUCCAACGAUCGCAGUGCCGACGCCAAACGCAGUGGCUGGGACUCCGUGCUGCACCAGUUCUCCGAGGUCGCCAACCGAGUCAAUGCCUACUAGAAGUCCCUUGGGAACGCCGCCGCUGACGAUCGCGUCCGCAUCGGCGGUGGCGACGAGGAUUGGGAUUAGGAUCGCUAGCGCCGACAUUUCGAGGAAAUCGACGAGCAAGAGUGCCUCCUUUCGAUUUUCAAAUUACACGGAUUUGAAUUUGCAUCUUCUCACGUGCUUUUACCGAAGUUUUUGUUUGGAGUUUUUCGAAACUCUUGCAUGUUAUACUUAUGUUGGAGAAGGAAAGUUACCUAAUGAUCCUAAAGAACUUCCAUCAGCUGAAGAGGCAUUAUCUGAUCCUUACUUCACUGGCUUGGCGAACAUGAUUGUGAACCAUCCACUCAACCCAUUUCAAAACUUGAGUUUGAAUUUGAGAGAAGGAAAUUGACCAAAGAUGAUGUAGAGCAUUUUCUGGGAAUUAAGAGGAAAGCUGAACCAUCAAGCUCGGAUACCCCAAAAAAGCCUAAAUCAUAAUUCCUUGGUCUACUAAUUGUAAGCAUUUUAAGCUAAUAUCCCUGCAAGCUUAGAAGUUUAGCCCAAUAGUGUUCAUCUAUUCUGUUGCCGACUGCAGAUAAUUUGCAGCAGAAUGCGGGAAAAUUGGAUUUCCUGGGAAGAUGUAUUUCAGUGGUUAUAUUUUUUCUGACCAUUCAACGCGGUCCAGAAUGUGGGAUUCCUUUUGUACAAUAAGAGUUGUUUUUCAAUAUAUUACAUAAAAUUUUGAAUCUUCAUUAACUUGCUAAUCCUAGAACUUAUUUAGCAUGUUCUUCAAUAUGCAUGAGUUUAUCGGGUAUUUAUGUA